ACGAGGACCAAGGGAACCGUGUACACGGAGCCUCGUAGUCCAGAGACCUUCACCCCUCCGGCAGCAGCAUGGAUCUGCCCCAGGACCAGCGUUCGGAGUGGGGCUCAGUCCGUCCCAGCGUCUCCUCCCUGCUGCAGCAUGACGCCUCUCAGCAAAGCAUCAACCACACCUCCAACCUGCACGGCUCUCUCAUGCUGCCCCCAACCUUCAGCUCCCCAAUGACCCCCCUCCAUCAACCUCUGCCCUCUCAGCUCCCCUCCUCCUUCAUUCCAUACUCUGCUUUCAUCCCCUCCCCUCUCUUCUCCACCACCUCCCCCCUGUCCUUUCGACAAACGUCCCCUUCGGUCGACCAACCCUCCUCGUCCUCCUCUCUUUUGUCCGAGUCUACCUUUUCCUCCAAUGACCUGUCGGACCUGGAGAGCAUGUUGCUCUGGACGCUCCACGAGCCCAGCACCAUCGCUCUGACCGUCAUGUACUGCCUCUCCUUCAUUUUGGGAAUCAUUGGGAAUUUAAUGUCCCUGCGCGUCCUCACCAACAGGCGCAACCGGCGGCUAGCUAGCGUCAGUGCCACGCGCAGCCUGCUGGUCAACCUGGCGGUGUGCGACCUGGCCGUGGUGUGCGUGUGCAUGCCCAUCACGCUCGGGAGCCAGAUCUACACGGCCUGGGUGUAUGGCGACCUCCUCUGUCGGGCCGUGCCCUUCACGCAAGCCGUCUCGGUGUCAGCCAGCGUUCUCACGCUGACGGUGAUCAGUGUGAACCGCUACUACAGCGUCCAGUCCCCGCUGCGAGCUCGCUCCUUGUUCACCCGCCGCCGAAUCCUGGCUACCGUGGCCGUGGUGUGGGUGGUGUCCUCGAUCAUGUGCGCCCCCAUUGCCGUGAUGAACCGGCGGCGGGAGAUCAGCUUCGGGACGUUCGCCAUCUUGGUCUGUCAGGAGGAGUGGCCUCAGCAUCGCCUUAAACAAGGAUACAAUGUGCUGCUGUUCAUGAUGCUCUACUGCUUGCCAGUGACCUUUAACCUCAGCAUAGGCUUCCUGACCGGGAGGCGGCUUUGGGGAGGAAAGAAAUCCACUUUCGGGGAUCUGGAUCCUCGCAGCCAAGCUCUGCACACCUCGCGCCUCAAGACGCGGCAGAAGAUCGCCAAGAUGGUGGUGUGCCUGGUGCUGCUGUUCGCCAUCUCCUGGCUGCCGCUGUACUUGGCCGACCUUUGGAUCGACUGCGAGCAGAGGCCGCCCUCUUGGCUGCUGCAGACGCGGCCGUUCGCCCAGUGGCUGGGCCUGACAAACUCCAGCCUUAACCCCAUCUGUUACUGCUUCAUCGGGGAUCUGUAUCGCUCAGCGAGGGUCAUACGGACACGGUACUACCAGAAGGUCGCCGCUAUCUUUGGCUCCUCCUCGUUCACCACCACCGCUGCAGUGGGGUCCUCUGCCGCAGUGAUUAAAGACACCAAAGUGACUGCCGCUGACCACCGCCAUAUUUCUGCUGCUGCUGUUGCAGCGUCUGCAUCGAUGGUGACCAUCCCCAGGCUGUUGAGCUUGGCUCGAGGCCAGGGGCUGGGGCAGAGGGUCAGAGACAGUUCAGACAGCCGAGCAGGAUCCGACCACAGCAUCUCGGACUGGUGUCGGUCCAGUCCCAGUCUGUGGGACAGCUCCUUGUUCCCCUGCCAGCUCCAAACACAGCAGCACUCAAUACAAAGGGCAGAGUUCCUGCCCACAAGAAGACACUCAGUGAAUGAGAACGCCGGAUCGUUAACUUUACAGAUCGAGUCGUUGGAGAUAGACGUGCUGCCUCUGAGGAGUCAUUCCGGACACAGAAUACAUCGUCUCACGGCUGAUAGGAGAGACACCAUCACCAUGGGAAGAGACGCUCUCUGUUCUACUGGGCAGUACAAAAGAAAAACAUCAGAGACCUACUCCCUGGUAGGAGACAAUGAGGAUGAAAUAACCGAUAUGACCAGCCUGUGAAAGCUGCAGAUUAUGGGAUGCAUCAGGGAGGGAGGCAGGAAUCUGUCCUCCUCUUUUGGUCGCGCAGGCAACAAAAACACACACAGCUCCACACACAUUCACAGUUUGCAGUUCACGUUGUGUGGGUCAGCCAUUGUUUGACUUGAGGAUGAACUGACUCUGCCUCUUUCUGCGUAGUCGCUCUUCGUAUCGCCUAAGGCACAGGGGAUGCAGCACCCGUGUUUGCACUGAUGAGGCCUUUGAAGGCAGGUAGAGGCAGCUGAGAUGGAGUGAGCGCUGCAGGGGAAGCGAUGCCCUGUUAUUUAGCCCUGGGCUACAACGCACCAGUAAGAACGGUGGAUUGCAGCAAGGCACUAUUAUGGUUGAGUCAUAUCACAAGCGAUGCAGCUGCUACGUCACAUUUGCUUCAGAACAAUUACCCGGCGGGAUGUAAAGUGUGAUUGUCAUUGGUUGUAUUUGCUCCUGAAAGGAAAUGUAAAGCUCUUUGUCCCAAUGCGAUGUGCCUGUUGUUCACGUGUGCAGUCAAACAGAUGAUAUGUGGGGGAAAUAGGAAAAUACAAAGUGUGUGAAGCAGAAAAUGAAAAACUCAGAGCACAGUGACCAGUUUUGAUUUUCACAUAAUGUCCUUGUGAUAUUGCAACUUUUCAGGUUGGUGUGAUUUUCUGAAUGCCUCCAAGAGAAGCAGGAUUACCUCGAUCAAAGGAAGUGUUAAGAAUCUGUUCACCAAAAAAUUUAAGAAAUAAAAACCCUGGUUUUCUCAUAAUUUUUUUAAUCAGGCGUUGAGAUUAUGUCUCUGUUUUUUUUCGGAAGCCUUCCCAUGGAUGUGAUUUUCUCACUCUCAGGAUUCCUUUAUUGAUUAUAAAAUUAAAGGGAACACGUGAUGCUUUUUCAGUUUUUCUUCCGUUAAGUCUGUUAAGGGUUUUUUGUGCAUGUCAAAGCUCUGCAAAGUUAAAAAACCCUGAGUCAAGUAAAGUAAAGGAAGCUCUACUCUCCAUAAGAAAUGCUGCUCCUGUCACAUGUCACAUGAUUUCCUACAUGUAUUGCAAGCUACUGACCAAUCACGACAGACUGGGUUUUAUCAGGGGGUGGGUCUUAAAGACACAGGAACUAAAACCAAGUGUUUCAGGCAGAGGCUGAAAAGAGGAGCUGCAGCAAAGGACAGCUUGAGGAAAGGGAUUUGUCUUCUGAGCUUUGGAGCUUGUAAAGUUUUUCAAGUUAGAACCCAAAUUAAAGUUAUGGAUCUAUAUCUGAGCAGAGUGUGACUCAUUUAAUCAACGUGAGUGUGUCUGUGUAAUCAGUGAUUUCGCCCGAUAACCAGACCAUUUCAUUUUUCAUCUCAAUCCCUCUUUGUUCAUGUGGGGAGUGGGUGUUUUUCUUGAUUUGCUCUAGCCAAUUAACAGUGAUUGACAUCCGCCGACAUCAUCGACUGUCUGAGGAGGUGUGGUUUUUCGUUCCAGUUGAAAGGAGAUGCCACUCGAAGCCCCCGUGUGGGAUUUAUUUUCUAUUAAAAUCGCCUUUGCAUUUAAUGUUAGUCACCAUAACACAUUGUGUGUGUCCUUGAAGCUUAGCAUCUGCUGCCACUCAGCACAUCUCUAAAGCAGACGGUAUUGAAAUGUUAAUCCACCUUUUCAUUGGAAUCUGACCUUUACAAUAUCGCUGGCUAUUGUAGUUCGAUGGGGGAUUAAUGUCUAGAAACUAUAUAAAGUAUAUAGUUGAUUUUUUCUACACUAUUACGUUCCUCCUCAUAUUGCUUCUCUGUGGUUUUUCCAACUAUUUAAUGCAUUAACAAGCGUAUCAGUGGUUUGGGUAAGACUUGGCCCUUGUCUACAGUUUCCUCAGUCGAGAAAGUUGCAGGAAGUCGGACUCUGUGGCGAAGUGGUUAUUCUUCGCCAUAACAGAAAAGAACUCCAGAAAAUAUCCCAGAAUAUCUUGUCUGGACAUUUUCUGGAGUUUGCCUUUCACACAUGACGAAUGCAGGAGGAGCCGACCCAGGUCAGAUGCAUUCACAACAGGAAACUCUACAUUUAGCCGUGAGGUGGUGUCUGGGUAGAGUUUGCAGGAGGUAGGACAUGAUACUAAAAUCAAGUGUUUCUGUUUAAAGCACAUUGACACUGGCGUCGGCCCUCAUCACCUUCCUCUGCAGGUUCUACGUGUCUGGUUUCUGUUUUCUAUUCUGAGAUAUUUGAAUUAUUUUUCUUAGUUUUUCCACUUUUCCAUCCAUCGCACGUUAGAUCAACAUCCUCAACACUCUCACUGGCUCGCAGGACAUUUUCUUUCUGUGCUCUCACAUGGGCUCCCUUAGACAUUUCGCAGACAUUUUGAGUCUGAGACAGCUCGAGUCAGGCCUCUGAUAAACUGCCGACUGGCUUUGACUGGUGUCCGCUGGGAUUGGCUCCAGCCCCGAGGAUAGGCAGCAUAGAUAAUGGAUGGAGGGAAGGUGAAAUCAAACAAAAUCCUGUUAACCUCAAUGGAAACGGAUCGGCAGAAACAUCAGAGACAAUUAAUCAAAACGAUCUCUUUAUUUUGACAUAAACGUUUGGAGGGGAAAAAGUUUCCCUAAUUUUGGUGAACUGAAAAUUUCCAUUUUCCUCACACGAAGAUCACAAGGACUCAACACAGAGGAAACCAAGAGUGAAUCUGUUUUCACCAGAGAACCCGACCGGCUCAUGCCUCGUUGAGUGAAGGACUAAAACAGGGCGAACAAAAGCUCAUAAGGUUAAAGAGCUGAAAUACACACACAAACACAGACGCACACAGACGCAUGCACACAGACAACACGAUCCAAUCUACCCUCAGGCGGCUUCCCGUUGCGUCCAGGACACAGAGGUGGUGAAUAUAGCAUGAGCUGCUAAUCACACUGAUGUCCUCACAGCAGAGAUAACACAGCACGCCAUUGAACUGGGUUACAACUGUCCUAUUUAUGAUAUUGGAUUCUUUUCUUUGUUGACCUUGGAAAAUCGCAAUUCCAUUAUGCUGUGACUCUCUCUUUCAUCUCUCCUUCUCUCCAUCUACCUCUCUCUGUCGCUCUCUCUUUCUCAGUUUUGCACUGUGUUGAUGGAGAGCAUGUGAAAUGAAAUGUGUGCAU